AUGCUUUUUGAAACUCCAGAGUUUUUAUAUUAUUCUCUGCAUUUUAUUACCAUAAUCACAUGCCCCUUAAAUAUGUUUGGCAUCUACUGUAUUUUAUUCAAAACCCCAAAAAUAAUGAGUUCUGUGAAGUGGAGCCUGUUCAAUUUUCACUUUUGGUGCUUAAUUUUUGACCUUGGGGAUACUGUAUUGAGCGUACCUUUUCUGGUAUUUCCAGCACUGGCUGGGUAUCCAUUAGGCAUUUUGGGAACUGUUUUCAAAGUUCCGACGUCUAUUAUUACCUACUUGAUACUGACUUUUUUAUGUAUGGUUUUCGACGCAAUGAUAUUGAUUUUCGAAAACCGUUUCUAUCAAAUAUUUGCAACAAAUACGUCAUGGCGUUAUUAUCGGAUACCAUUAAUAAUUUUUAAUUAUAUUAUAGCGGUAACCUUCAUGAUACCAAUAAUUUUAGCCGCUCCAGAUCAAGCUUUGGGUUUGCAAGUUGUUUUUGCAAAACUCCCAUUUUUGUCCGAUGAAAUCAAAUCGUCUCCUUUAUACGUCAUAGCAAUUGAGCUGAGCUGGGUCCUGUUGGACCUCUUCUUUGUGGCAGGGCUCAUAAUCACAGAGGUGACUGUAUUCAUUGUGCUGAUCCAUUGGAAUCUGAGCUUAUCAUUACGGAAAUCAGUUCAAUCUCAACAGACAAUGCAUUUGCAAAAGAAAUUUUUACAGGCGAUUUAUGCGCAGGCUAUCGCAUUUGCAGUGGCGUGCCUGAUUCCUUACACGUAUAUUUUAUUCUCUAUAAUUUUUGAAUACUACAAUCAGGCUGGCAACAACUUUAUUUUCAUAUUUCUCGCACUUCACGGACUGACCUCUACUGUCAUCCUAUUAUGGGCUCAUAAACCAUACCGAAAGUUUUGUCUGCAGCUCAUGGAAAAUGAAAAAAUAUUUCGAAUUACUAUCAAUCUACUCCCGUUCAGCAGAAAUGAGUCACGGAGCACUAUUUCGGUUUUAUAUUGA